AUGCUGCAGGAGAAACGCGGACGUUCGGACUCCGCUCCUGUAUCCGCGCCCAAGAAGCCAAGGGCUGCUGCUCCGAGAAAGACUAAGAAUGCUGAUUGGGGAAGCAAGUCAGCACCCAACGAAGCUGCCCAACGCGCCCAGAACGCGUUCGAGUCGGAGAAGUUCCGCAAGGUUUUAUGGGGGCCGAAGAAGGGCGAAAAUACGAGCAAGAUUAGCUUGACCACGACCUGGAACGAGAUCGCCAUCGUCGUAUUCGGCAAGGACAACAUCCCGGAGGGCGAGCUUUCAGCUUAUGGCAACAAGAUCAAAGGGUUGUGGAAUGCGUAUCGUAAGACGUAUAAUAACCUCGCCGAACGUAUCAAGCAGACUGGUGGUGGCGUGCGCGAUCCGCAGAUCGCCUCUCUUGUUAGUAUCGAGGAGAAAGGCUCUACCCGUGUCCUGGAGUGCUACGUCCCGGCAGAAGGCCCAAGUGCGGAGACGCCACAGAAGUACAAGAAUAUAUGGGAGGAGCUGACAGGGACGUUCGCAUUCUUUCCUCGCUGGCAUGCUUUGCAAGCUACCCGGCCAUCAUCAAACCCGCCUUCUGUCACGACUGGUCUUAGCCCGGACCGAAAUGGUGGACAUAUCACGACUUUCUACCAGCCUCCGCCUGAAGAUCUUGUGUCGAAGCCCGGUGAACCCAUUCCCGAUGAGCUCAUCGACCCACAACUUCGCGAUGUCGGUGCUCCUGAUCCUGAUGAGCCCAUGCAUGCCCCAUUCGAGCAACUACGCGAGGACUCUGACGAGGAGAUGCCCCCGGUGAUCUCACGUCCGAAGGCUACGAAAUCUGCUGCACAGCCUACGCCUCGUAGAUCGGCUCCCUCGCAGCAGCAAUCUUCUCGCCCAGCUCAGUCGACACCUCGUCCGUCGUCGGCAAAGAAAUCCUCAGCUGCCAAGGGUACAUCUACUUCGUCGCAGAAAUUCGUCGCAAAGCCCAAUCCCGCCCAGCAAAGUAUUGAGGCGAACAAGAGCAAGUUUACGCCUCUAAAGCGGGAGAGUAUUCACACCACCAUCCGCUCGGUCGUAGAUACUUCGGCGAAAGAAGCUCGUGCGGCGCGGCGGGAGCUUCGGCUCACGAGCGAAAUCAAUCGGCUGAGAGAUGAUAUCCGUUUUCUAGAAGAACGACGCGAUAAGCGACUCGCCACCGCUCGCGAGGAGUACAAGGAUGACCUGCUGACCAGAGACGAGUUUAUUAAGGAGAAGGCGAAGAUUAAUAAGGCUAUCGAUGACGAAGUCGCUCGUCUACGCAAAGAUAUGGAACACGCUCAGCAUGAUCUCGAGAACGAUGGCGAGGAUAAUCCGCCUGCAGGUUCUCGCACACCGAGCCAUGGUCCUGAUGCUCGCAUGCAGCGCGAACACUCGCCGUCGUGGGGUUCUUUCAAGGAUGACUCUGAUAUCGAGGAUAUUACCGACAUGAUGAGAGGCGCGAAAUCAUCUUCGCCGGCUCCAUUUGAUGAGGAUGAUGUGCAGUUCUAG